AUGUGUAUCUGAAGAAGUGUGCAUGCACAUGAAAGCUCAUACCAAUGACAAACUUAGUUGGUCUCUAAGGUGCUGCUGGAAGGAAUUUUUUAUUUUGUUUCGACUACGUCAGACCAACACAGCUACCUACCUGUAACUGGUAAUUAUACUGUCCUUUAGACUCAUCUCUACGGUAUAUGAACCCAUGUCAGAUUUCUUAAAUGUGCUGGAAGACCACAGUGGCAAAUGCAGAUUUCACUCGGACACCAACAACUCUGCAUCUAAGAAGCAAAAGGAAACCCGAUUCUAAGAACUCUGCAGGUUGGAGCAGAUUGAUUAUCUGUUGCUUUUUGCUGACAUCCAGGAACUUAUUCUAAUGGGUAAAGAGCCACUCUUUGAAAGUGGAGAUAUUUUUAAAGAACACAGCAUGUGUGACCGAGAUUGCUAAAGGAGAUCACAAGCUAACUGGGUUGCAAGAGUCAGUGACUUGCUUGAGCAUACAAAUUUGCCACCCUGGAUCACAUUGGAACACCCAGUAUUCUUCUGCACCAUGAAGCUGUACUCUGGGACAUGUCCCACACCCGUCUUUGCAAUCACAAUGCUGUUUCUGAUCAAACAGGCUGAAGGAUCUUAUGAGAAAAUAAGAGUGAACUUGCUUAACUAUAAAGAAGCAUGCUUGAAAAUGUUGCACGAGUCUGCGAUCAGCCCAGGAAUAUACUGCAAUGGGAGUUUUGAUGAAUUUGUUUGCUGGCCUCAUUCACCCCCAGGAAUAGUCUCGGUUCCCUGUCCACAUUAUUUACCAUGGAUAGAAAAUGGAAGUGCAAGAAACGUAUACAGAAUCUGCUUGGACCAAGGGAUUUGGAAAAAAGUUGAAAACUCCACUGUGGUCUGGGAUAACCGCACUGAAUGUUCUGGGGACAGCCACUACCAGAGAAAAGAUGAAGAACAAACAUUAUGGAUCUCCACCCUGUACAUUUAUACUGUGGGAUAUACUUUUUCUCUGGUUUCCCUUGUCUUAGCGCUUUUCAUACUGAUGUUGCUCAGGAAACUGCACUGCACAAGGAACUACAUCCAUAUGAAUCUGUUUGUUGCGUUCAUCUUGCGAGCCGCAGGAGUUCUCAUCAAAGACAGAACAACCCACAGCACUUACGUAUUCCUUUAUGUGGACUCUGAAAAGCCAAAUGAUCUAAAUGGAUGGAUAUCAUUCUCAAGUCCAGAGAAGUUGUUCCUCUGCAGGAUGGCACAGGUUUUGAUGCAUUAUGUUGUUGGGGCAAAUUUCUUCUGGAUUUUAGUGGAAGGGAUUUAUCUCCAUAGAUUAUUGGUAGCCACUGUGCUCUCUGAGAAACAUCUGCUGUUGAGAUACAUCUUCAUUGGAUGGGGUUUUCCAGUUCUGUUUGUGGCUUCCUGGGGAAUAACAAAAUACCAACUGGAGUAUGAGGGAUGCUGGGCAACACAUCACAACAUGGCAUUCUGGUGGAUUAUUCGAGGGCCCAUUUUAUUUUCCAUUGUUGUUAACUUCUGCAUCUUUCUAAAAAUUGUGAAGCUGCUACUUUCCAAACUUAAAGCCCAGCAAAUGAGCUUUCGUGAUUAUAAAUUCAGACUGGCAAGAUCAACCCUUGUGCUAAUACCAUUGCUUGGGAUUCAUGAGAUUGUCUUUAACUUCAUUGUGGAUGAAAGAAUUGAUGGUCUUUCCAGGCACAUAAAAGUCUUCAUUCAGCUGACCCUCGGCUCCUUCCAAGGUUUUUUUGUAGCACUGUUAUACUGUUUUUCUAAUGGAGAGGUAAAAGCUGAACUGCGCAAGAAGUGGUCCCAUUUCUUGCUGGCAUCCCCCUUUGUCUGCAUGCCGUGCUUUCUCAGAAAGAACAUCAAGCACCUGGGGAGAUGUUCAAAGAAAGAGCAUUCGAACAAUAAUUGCUUCUCCCUGGAGGUGACUCAGCCUCACAGCACACAAGUGGCAAAGCAGAGGACAGGCGGCAAAGCGGAGCUAAGCUUCGCAUUAAAGCAUAUUCCCAGAGCAAGCCUCUCAGACAGCAGUGAAGGAGAAGUCACAAUGGGGGAGACAACCGAAGAAGUCUUUGAAGAAAGCGAGAUUUCGAUUUGUAACAAAGGUAAAAACUAAGAUGCCUGAUUAGAUCAAUGAGGGAUCUUGCAUCAUGUGCCAUGUGGGAACCACUGGAAGUAGGUGGGGGGAGCCCGUGAAAGAAAAAGAUGGUGAAAAUAGCUUCUUAGCAUUUCCCCCCAGGUUGACUCUUCCCAGGUAAUCCCCCCCCCCCAAAGCCUGGUAACUGCAUGAAAAUGGCUUCCCCUUGGUCCUACAAGAACCAGAUAUGAAAUCAGGAAUAAAAGGAAUAGACUGAACACCUUGAAACAGCCUGCUCUUUCUCUUAUGUUUCCCAACAUUGACCGCCACUAUUGGAGCCAUCAAUCUGAUCCCACAGGAUUGCUCUGCAGCGUCUCAGAAAGGACAAACCGUUGCUUUUGUGAUACUGUUAAAGAAGAAGCUGAAUUACAACAAUGACUAAAUGAACAGGAUUCACAUUUAGGAACGUGUGGGAUUGUAUAUAUUUGUAAGCACAUUUUCUAAGCUUUGCUGUAAAAAUUAUGAAAUGCUGAAUGGAAUUGUUUUUAGGGCACAGCUGCUAAUGCUUCUUUUAAUACAUGUAAUAUACAAAGUUCUGGUUCUGUCUUCCAUUAUCCUACCAACAGACCUGCAACAGGAGUCAUUAUUACUUCCACUUUGCAAAUUUAUUUUAAACAUCUUUAUACCGCCUCUUAACAGGGAGAAAACUGAUAUGACUGGAGAUGAAAAAUCCAAGAAGCUUCAAAGUCACCAGAAAAAAAAUGGGAGGGAAGCGGGGGCAACAUUACCCAAACAGAUCUAUUUGUCAAACAGCCAGACAGUGUGGUGUGAUUUACAACUUCAGGAUGAGUUAAUGAGAGAGCAAGUGAAUAGGUAAGCAAGCAGAAAAGGGCCAAGCUAGAAUUUGCAACCAGAUCCAUGUAACAUUUUCUUUCAAUACAGCAUUUUUAUUUAAGAAGCAGCAGCCUGGGGAGUGAGGUGGAGGACCAAAUGGGUGGUGUGCUUGCUCCCUUUACCACCAGCCAUGCCUUUCCUCAGAAUUCCCCCCGAGCUGCUUUUCUCCUCAUGGAGGAGAAAAUAUGGGUAACCCUAGGUCCACCAGAAGCUGCUUCACACCAUCUUGAAAUCACAAGCAACUGCUUAGCUAUGUACCCACACAGCUCCAGGCCUGCCGUGUUACCUGUUGUCAUUUUUAUUUCACAAGCUGUUGAUCUUACAACAUGUAUUUUCACAGACUUAAAAAUGGGAAGCUGCCAAAUUGUUUUCCUUCCUUAUAUAUUGUACCCACUGUGAAACCCAAAGGCUGGUUUUGUCAUGUGUAAUUAGUUCUUAAUUUAUGUGCUGCUUAAUUUACAAUGACUUCUAAGCAGUGUACAAGUAUAUUUUAAAAAAUCAGUGAUCAUAGAAUCAUAGAGUUGGAAGAGACCACAAGGGCCAUCCAGUCCAACCCCCUGCCAAGCAGGAAACACCAGCUAAGAGACUUGGCAGAGACUUGAUCAAAUCCAUACAUAACUUUGGAAGGUAAGCAUUCUCUGCAAUCCAUCCUGCUGAGUCUCAGGAGGUGGCUACACCUAUAGAGAACAGAUGAGCCACUUUCCAAUAUAUAUAUGCAGAUAAUAAUAAUCCUGAAGUAAAUAAAACUCUAGGACCUUAUCAAGCAAGUUAUAGAUCAGCUAAAGCUAUCAUUCAAGAAACCUGGUCAACAUCCUUGAGAGCGAUAACGUGGCUUAGUAAAAUGCCAUUCAUUCUAGACUGUGCUGCUUGACAGUGGAUUUUUGCAGCCAUUUGAGCUAUUCUUUUAAGACCAGUCGUCUCUCAAGGUAUAUUUUAUGGUACGUAUCCAGAUUUCUUGCAUGAGGGUUGCUAUUAUUUCCUUGUAAGAUGUUCUGUGUUUUCAAAUGUUUUGUAGGAUUCCAUUGACACGAAGACCAUGCCCUUUAUACUGCAAAGUUAGCUCCUUUUAAAACAAAAUUUCAGCUGGCUUAACCUGUCUUCCUGUCUUUAAUGGCUAUUACAGUUCUUUCCUAGUCUCUAACGAGGACCAGGUCUUGGUAGGGAAUAACACUGUGUCAUUGAAUGAGAUGAACCUAAAAUGGCCACCCAGUUCACUGCUGGAUGCAAUCCAGGGAAAGUUAUACUCAGAUCCUACUGAAAUUAAUGGAACUCAUUUCCAUAUAAUUGCACUUACACUCAUGCAGCCUACAUGCUAGAAAACAUCAGUUCCUCUGAGACCAGCCUGAGCACUCUGGGAUUCAUCGCACUGUUGACGUGCUGAAUUAAUGUUUACACAAAGGAAGUUGGAGAAUGCCCAGCACGUCCCUGUUCCAUAUCAUUAUGCUGGUCAGACAACUCCCCAGAGAAUAAGCAAAACUUUUCCUUUUACUCAAGGAGGGAAUGAGUGGUUUGUACACAAAGCCCUCUGGUACACAGUUUUUGUAAGAACACACUAAAUAGGCAGGCAGUAAUAUUACCCAAUGGACUAUUAUUUAUUACUCUGUGUAGACAAUGUGCUUUAAUUAUCACCUGAGAGAGACAGAAUAGGUAAAGAUGGAAUCAAUUCUUAGGUUAAGAUGAAAACAUUGAAAACAAGAAAGUUUUUCCGUACAUCCAAGGGGUGGAAACUUUAUUUUUUUAAAAAAAUGAAAGUUGAAUGCCAAGUUCCAUAUCAGGUAUCGAGGUUUAUGACUUCAAAACAAUCUUAUGGAUUUAGGCCUGGUUCACAUGUUACAUU